AUGCCGCCGGCUCCAGUGCCUGAAAAGACUCCAUGUAAUACGAUUGCAGAGUGGAAUCAACAUGUCAAAGACGCGCUCGAAAUCAUCGAGCAGCCCGAGACAGAAGAGAAUUGGAAUAAGAUGGAGAGAUGUUUUCUCACUCUGGCCUCAAUUGUUCGUGGCGGUGCCUACAAGCUGGAGGCAGACUUCCUGCCUGGCAUGAGGAGCCUCUCCAGACCCACGUGCAAAGCGAUUAUAUCGGAUAGAACACGGCUCUCUGGUCCUGCUGUGGAACUUGUGUCUGUCGUUGGCGCACGGUUGGGCCCUAGAUUCGAGCCUCUCAUUCCUCUCUAUCUACCCACCGUGCUAAAGCUUUGCACGAAGCCCAGCAAAAUCUACAUCUCUCGAGGAACUUCGUGCUUGAAAUUGCUCGCAACCCACUGCCGUAUGCCGGCAAUCAUUAGUCAACUGAGGCUCGUUGUGGUGGACAAAAGUCAGACCCUUCGUAUUGCUGUCGCUGACGCCCUGUACGAUUUUUUAAGUACCUCAUCAAGAGACGGCGCUCCUCGUCCCGGAAAAUGGAUCGACGAUGUCGAGCUAAUGAUUAAGACGUUUGCCCGAGAUGCGAGUCCCGAGGCCCGCCAAUUUGCACGUCGAGCCUGUGCGUCAUACAUUCAACUAUGGCCGGAACGUAUGGCCGGAUUUGCGCAACCACUCUCACCCACUACACGGCGUUACCUCGAUAUCAAUGAUUCAACCAACACUGCUGCUGUAGCUCAACCACUCAAAGCCACAUCGCACAUUCAUAGUGCAUCGGGUGUUAAUGUUCGAACCAAAUAUGAUGAAGUUGGGGCCUCUGGUGGUGCGUCCACCCGGUCCCGCCCUCUGGCAUCUCACGCUCGUACCCUGAGUGGCCCCGCCGCCCCGGCCUCAACACGAGCACCCGCUCAGCGGUCCGUUACACAGGGUGCUGCGCCCCGGCCCCCCUCCCGUCCGCCCUCACGGCCAGAGUCCCGACAUAAUCCUCGUCCUCCCUCUCACGCUGCUGCUCCAGUUUACCGAGAUGCAGCGACAGCAGAACCUUUGCCUCCACCUGAGGUCCUUUCCGGGAGACUGGACCCGACUUUGGUACAACAAGAGCGUCAAGUUGACGCGGUGUUUCCUUCACUUCCAGGCUCUGGCGCGUAUAGGACUGAAACAAGAGAAAGGCGUCCACCUUCGAGAACGGGGCGUCCAGUGGCGCCGAAGUUCAAGCCUACGCGAAAGGAGAAGGACGUAUUAGAUGAGCUCCUCAGGGCCGAGGAUAGGCAAAGAGGCUCGCGCACCAGACACCCUCGCGAAACCCCUUUGCCUGACUCCGAUUCUGAGAGUGAUUUUGGUGCGAACAUCGCCGCACCAUCUUCCCGUUUGCAUCCUACGUCGAAAAGUCGGCCACAUGUCGCAGAACCAAAUGUGGCUAUGUCAAUUCCUGCGCAACUUGGGGAGGUCCCAAAAUCCAGUGUGAAUGUGGUGGAUUUAAUCCCUCAACCAAAUGUUGUGGCUGCCAUCGGGCCAUGUCGUUCGUAUUCUGGCGCUGAGUUAGAGACUACAGAGAGCGAGAAGCCUCAACAAUCGGGUGCUGAUGCUGUUACGAUCGAUCAAGUGACCUGCCCCCCGGGGAGAAAUGCAAGGAUAUGUGACGAUAGUGAUGCGGGGACUAACAGUGGGGGAAGCACCGGGAUAAAUUCUAAUGCACGGGUAGCGGCCAGAGCGCCGGGACAUGCUUCCACGAAGCCUGAAGCCACCCGCCGCCCUGUUUACCUUAACCUGGUGCAUCGUGCACCGGGCUUCAGACCUACUCCAUCGCGCGAUGCUCGGGUUGAGAAAGUCAAAGUUGCCAUCGCUGAUGCUCCCGAACCACUCAUCCAGCCAAGAAAGGCUAGUAAGUUUGGUGUUGCAGCGGUGGUUGCGGUUCCGGGAAAACCAGCUCUUGAUUCUAAGCAGGAUUCAGUCCCUAAUUCUUUCGAGGGGCCCAUGAGGGCGGCAGAGCAACCAAUAUUGAAGCAAAAGAAGAGUGUCUCUACCCUGUCAGCAAAAGUAACUGCUUCUCGUUCUGCAUCUGGACCUUCUGCUCCCAAAUCAGUAUCAUCCGUGAGCUCAACCUCAUCCGCAAAAAUUCGACAAACUACUUCUACUAAGCCGUUUGCAAGCAGUCAAACCCCUCCACUGCCCCCUCUUCCCCCUGCUUUCACAGUCACCUCGAUUCCAUUGCGUUCAACUGCUCAGCCGUCAAAGCUAGCGGCCAGCGCUACGAACCCGGUUGGACCUGAAGGUCGUACUCGCAACGCGACAGCAACCACAGCGUCCCAGGCAGCCAAGCAGAAGCCUCCAGUUAGGCGUCCUGGGUUUGUCCCCUCGAGUAAGACGCGACCUGUUUCUGGACCAGCUCCUGGACCGCACAGGUUGAGGAAGACCGCGUCUAUCACUGUGUCAAAGAAAACUCCUGAGGUACAAAUGGCUGUAAAUAUCCCCCUUCCUCCCAGUCCCAAGAUGGACGCGGCACCUACUGCCCCCCAGGUGCCCCUCCCCCGUAGCCUCAAGCCUGUGGGGGCUCAACCUGUGGUUACGGAAACUCGGGAGAUCCUGGAGUCGAUGCCCCUUCGGGAGCCUGCCGAAUCUGAUCCGUUAACUUCUAAAGAUAGACCGCCACUGUUUACACCUCCAAUCCCCAAUUUCCCAACCAUUGAAAGUCUCAAGACCCGGCUAAGCGACGUACUCGAGAAUAAUGAACGCCAGUCUCUGGCUCCAGCGGGGCUGCCCAUCCAUGCAUUAUCGGUGAAAAUGGUUCCGGGUGGGGAGGGGGAACAGGGCGCGUUGCAUACCGAGGCUUUACAGAUCGAGGAAAUUGACGAGGGGGAGUUCAGAUUGGCAGAACUGGAAGUUGUGGAAACUCAGCCUGCAGUUUCAGCCCCGGCCUCUCACGCUUCACAUUCGCCAGAUGAACUUGAGCAUGCCAGCCCGGUCGAUCCUCCCAUUGGAAGCCCUCGUGAUGAACCUGCAGCAGCAUUGGAUACCGGGGUCAUUGAGGAGCCUGCACCACCCAUGCUGCUUUCCGAACUCAAUGCCCCAUCCAACACCACAGAGACAGGCAGCACCGACAUCGGGGAUGAUGCCGACAAUCCCGUUGCCCCUCAAGAGAACAUAGUUCCUGCUUCCGAGGAACUCAAGGAAGUGGAACCACCUCAAGUCACCGACGUAUGCGAGAUGCGUAUGAAGCCAGUUGAGCAGGGUGAGAACAUCGAGAAUACGUUACCAUCUCUCUUUCAGAAGAAGCGAAGCUCACUCGAUGGUGACCUUGAGUCUCAAAAAAGGCGAGAAUACCGCGCUGCUCUAGGUGACGUCCGUGUUAAUGUCCGUCACUCACUCGCUUGA